ACUGCAUACUCCACCAUUCCUGAACAGACACAAAAUGUGUACACAUUGUGAUGUAUAGUUACGUAAGAGAAUCUAUGGAGAGAAGAUACUGGUGAACGCAAGAUUCCUUGGUGAAGGAUAUAUGGGUACUUUAUCCAGAGAGACAUCCAAUGACCUGUACAUUCUGCCUUCCAGGGACAUGACGUAGCAUCCAACCACCUUUACCAUCGCUUAUACGCGGUAGUGCUAUGGACCAUAAGCGCAUUGCAGUAGCCAUACAGGUCUAUUGUAUGCCCCUACACAGACAUUCAUGUUUGACCAGCAUCCAUUAGAGGUACAGUCUAUAACCACAAAGAGUGUAUCCCUCAUCCAUUAGGGAAGAACCUCUAUUCUUGGUCUCUGUAUACCCUCACAGGACAGACUACACCUGUAAGGCCAGUCCUCCGGACACCCAUUGUCUCAGUAUUCCUGCGUGUUCCUUUCCACUGGCCUUUCAGAUGUUCUAUGUACUCUUUAACAGCACUAGUGGAUCAAUAAACUCAUGGCAUUGGAGCGUCCUAGUGGCAUCCUCUAGAGUCUCCAUGGUCCUUGUAGAGACACCCUCAGUUGUUGGCGGGAGUAGAGAGACUUUGCAAGUAUCCCGCAGAUGCUUUAGAAUGUAAUGGGUCCUUUGCUUAUAGGGAUCCGUAGAAAAUUCUCCUCCAUCUGUACCACGUUCUAGGUACCCCUAGUCAUCCACUCCCAGAGACCUCAGUUGUUCAUGCCCUUGGUGACUUUCCAGGGACGCACUUUGCUACACAUUUCCCCUUGA